AAAGUGGGGGAGUGAACCACAGAGAGAACGUAAAGGGAGAAAAGGAAUGACGCAGGUCGUGGGAGGAAGGACUUGAGAGGUUUGGUUAAGCUCUGUUUUUUCUUCCAAGGCUGAACCCCUCUGGCCUUCCUCGCUGCCCUCCAGCUUGCUCCGCGAAGGUUUUGGAGAGUCGUGGAGGUACUUGCAUCUCCUGAUCGAUUCCAGAAUCCUCCUCACCUCACGCACUGCAGACGGACCAUGCCGAGACCCGGGAAGCGGCUGGCUGGGGCUGCUGGUCCAGACAAGAAAGGGCUAUCAGGAAAACGCACCAAAACUGAGAACUCAGAUGAAACAUCAGCUCAAGUGGAGAACUCCAGUCCACAAACGACUUCAGACUCAAAAAAGUAUGGGAAGAAUCUAAGCAACUACUGGUUGAUGAAGUCAGAACCAGAAAGCCGAAUAGAGAAAGGUGUAGAUGUGAAGUUCAGCAUUGAGGAUCUCAAAGCACAGCCUGAGCAGAUAGCAUGCUGGGAUGGUGUUCGAAACUACCAGGCUCGGAACUUCCUUAGAGCCAUGAAGCUGGAGGAUGAAGCCUUCUUCUACCAUAGCAACUGCAAGGAGCCAGGCAUCGUGGGACUUAUGAAGAUUGUAAAGGAGGCUUACCCAGACCACACACAGUUUGAGAAAAACAAUCCUCAUUAUGACCCAUCCAGCAAAGAGGACAACCCCAAAUGGUUCAUGGUGGAUGUACAAUUUGUUCGGAUAAUGAAGCGUUUCAUCUCCCUAGCUGAGCUUAAAACAUAUCACCAAGCUCACAAAGCUACUGGUGGUCCCUUGAAAAACAUGGCUCUCUUCACUCGCCAGAGACUCUCAGUUCAGUCUCUUACCCAAGGUAAGAAUGGGCCCUUUCCCUCAUCAUGCACACACCAUAAAGGAUCCCAUGAAUUCAUACUUAUUACCUGAUUAAUAAGGGCAUGGCAUUAAACCUGAGAGUAAAAUUUCCUCACCUGUCAUACACAAGAGGGGGGUGGCUAUACUGAGUUGCCUAUUAUUAUAGGCCCAGUGCCUAGGAGUGCUUAGCACUUAGUAAGAUACCCUCAGUGUAUGAAUUAGUAACUUCUGCUUUUGUAACAUGUACAGUACCAGUGCUUGGCAUUAACUCCUCCUGUGCAAAAGGACACAUAAGACCUAAUUGUUCCUU